GGCGAUUUGAUCAAGGUUCGUGAAAUUUACACGUGACGUUUGGCAUAUAGAAGGCCCUUGGAGCGGGAGCAGUUCCAAAUGUCACGUGACUAAUAUGCCCUCCGGCGCCCUGUUUUCACCGGCGUCCCGAGUUGGGGGCGAGAUGUGUGUUAUGUUGGAUAGAUAGGUCAAAAUAAAUUGACUUGGGACUUGUUAUCCCAUGAAUUCAAGUGGGCAGCUAACAGAAGGCACCGUCGAUGGACAGAGACCUGGUGGUGACGGUCCUGUUCGACUUCGAGUACCACUCCAGCGAUGGCCAGCGCGUGCACAUGCACAAGGAUGAAGAGUUUCUGGUCAUACAGCAGACCAAUAGCGACUGGUGGCAGGUGAUAAGGAGCGGCGAGAGGAAGCCGUUCUAUGCGCCCACUCAGUAUCUGAAGGUCCAGCCCCGACCGCGGCCUCAGCUGCCGCCCAAAGUUAAACCGGUCAAACGCAAUGCCCGUGACAGCAGGAGGGCUCCGCUGUCUAUCACUGACGCCGAGCGUCACAUUAGCUGCGAGGAUGACGCGCCCGGUGACGAGACGCCCGGCCGGCGGCGCUGCAACUCCCUGGAGGACGCAGCCGCCGGCUCCUCCAGCGUGGAAACGCUCGACGACUCUCCGCCGGCCCCGGUCAGUCGGCCGGCGCCCGGUGGGACGCCGCAGGCCACCGAGCUGCAUGCGGCGGCCGGUGGACAGGCUGACACAACCCCCGGCCGGGGCGCCACGCCGCGGCUGCCGCCGUCUCGACACCGCCGGCCGCGCAUCUCCAAGGACCUGUGGGCGCGCAGAAAAUCCUGGUCGGUGGACGAGCGUAGCCGAACCUGGGAGCUGGUGAGGCCGGAGGCGGCGCCGGCGCCGGCCGCCGCCACCAGCACCGCCAGUCUAGACGGUAGACACAGGGCACCGCCGGACAAGCGACCAGAUAAGAAGGCCUCGGCUGCUGCGGCAGCGGACAGGAGCAGAGCUGGAGCUGAACAAGAUGCUGUGCCGAGCGCUGAGCCGAGCGCUGAAGCGGUUGCUGCAACCGCUGCUGUAGCUGGUAGUGCGGUAGGGACUGUGACGGAAUCUGUGACUGAGACAACAGCCGCGGUGAAAGCCGAGAGGGUGGCUGCGACGGCGACCGCACCCGAUACCUCUGCUGUGACUGUGCCAUCCGUUGCGGCGGUGACUGAACCUGGGCCCGGACCUAAGACUGUGAUUGGAGUCAGAGCAGAGCCGGGUGUCGGCACGGACCCCCGGCCGCCGCGGCCUGCCGAACGGCCGGUACCCACCCCGAGACCCACGGUGGAAGGGGCUGAGCGGCGGCCGGCACUACCGUCGGCCGUCAACAAGCCGCCGCCGCCGCCCGUGCCUGUCCCUGUGACGGCGGUGCCAGCCGCGUCGGUACGGGAUGCUGCCGACUCGUCUGCGAGCGAUGGAAGGACGGGUGUGAGCGGUGUGGCGCCGCGGCCGGCGGGGGAGAGUGGGAGUGACGUUGGACAGAGGCGAACCUCAACGGGAGGUGUCGAUGGCUUAGAGCCAGUGAGGGCAGCUGCAGUGAGUGCGGACAGUGCGGGAGCUAGUAGGGCGAAUUUAGAAUCAGUGCGGCCCGAAUCUAGGCAGCGAGCUACCGAAGAGCGAGUGAGGCGGCCAGCGCCGAGGCGAAUCGAGGCACCUAGUGUAGAUAGUUCUAGUAAAGCUAACCGGGCUGUCACGGAGCCACCUCAAAGCACAGACUCAGGACGUGUGACUGGAGCCAGUGCCAACCCGUCGGCGCGGGUCUCUGGCGGCGCUGCGGCCGGUUCUGACUCGUAUCGAGUCGCCGGGGAGAGCGCGGAGGGUUCAGGACAGAGGAGAGUCAGUAUAGAGAGCGCGGGGGCUCGCCGGGUUCCCGUGGACAGUGUCGAGGUCACGGCACCCAGACAGCCGGCGGGGAGUAUCACGGAGGCCGCCGGACCCAAACGGGAACACGGCCGGUUCAAGCAGGAGGUGCUGAAGCUGAUCAGCCGCUCCCGCCGCUCAGAGGAACGCCGCUCGUCGGAUGGAGCGCCGUCCAGGAGCCGGCCGACGGCUGACUUCUGGGACAGGAGCGGCCCCAGACAGCAGGACGGCCGGCCCGCGCCGCCGCCGGCCGCUCAGAAACGUCCCACCACCCUGGAGCGGGAGACUGUGACCAGUGGCGACAGGUCCGCUCCCAUCAGCGGUGUUAUAAUGAAGUCUGCGUCUGUGGAGCUGACACGGACCGUCGCCGGGCCGGUGGAGCAGGCAGUGGCUGCGGAGCGGGCCGAGCGCGGCCCCCGUCCGGACGUACUACCCUCCGCGGACGGCGCCGAGUCACCCCCGGGCCUCCACCGGCAGACCUCCUACGACCGCACACUGCAGUCGUUCAGCACCUUCUCCAACCUGCGCUCGGCGCGCAUCGACCUGGCCGGCCACAACGCCAGCUUCAAGCGGACGGCCGAGCGGCUGCGGCGGCCGCCGGACCGCGAGGCGGAGCGCGCGCGACGGCCGACCGCCGGUCGUCAGGUGGAGCCGCCGCGCGUGGACGGCCCGCCGCGGCCGCCCGUGCCGCCCAAGACGCUCCAGCUGCGACUGCAGCCGGCCGCCGACGGUCUGCCGACCACUCCUGACGACGGCGACUGGUCGGACUCGGAGCCGGCGGGGUCCGAGUCGGAGAGCGGCUCCUGGGAGCGGCUCGAUCAGAUGAAGGCGGCGCUCUACUUUGCCAACCCGCUGAUGCCGCGAUCCGGACUGAGUCGCUCGGCGGAUCACCUGCCCGUGCCGCUGCCGCGCACACGGCUCACGGAGAUAUCCCCUCCUCAGUCGCGCCAGCCGCCGCCGGUACCGCACAUACUCGAGACGCCGAUCCGCAGUCUACACGACGGCUGGGGCGAGUACCUGCACCACGGCAGAAAGUACUACUACAACGUCGACACGCAGAGCAGCACCUGGAAGCCGCCCAGACGAAACGUCAAGUCGCCGGCCACCAGCCCGGACAAGUCUGUCAGCGACCCGUCCCGCCCCACUGCCGAGGCCGGUACCCCGGUACUGGAGGUGGAUGUACCGCUGGUACCGCUGCCGCCCGGCUGGAGACGACGCGUCGACUCAACCGGAGAACUCUGCUACGUGCGGGAUAGUUCGCCUACCAGGUGGUACAGUAACCAGAACGAGGACGACCACGUGUACUUCUUCAAGGAGGGCAGCAACUCCUCCACCUGGACGCUGCCGUCGGCCGAGAACGGAGCUAGUCAGAUGGCCAGGGACACGGAGUCGGUGUCGCCUCGCCCGGUGCCGGUGGGCGGCGUGCCCUCCGUACUACAGGUGGCCCGCGGACAGCGCGGCCGCUCUCUGGUGUAUCCCCCGGCUCCGACCACCGAGCCGCCGCCGCCGCAGCUCGUCUCCGGCAACCAGACACACACGAUUCUGAACCAGGGAACGCUGAAUCACACCAGGCUGGCCAAGGAGACGUCGUGGAGGGCGCGGAAGAGCUGGGCGCCGUGCCGGGUGGUGCUGACGGACAGGUCGCUGUUCCUCUUCAAAGACACCCGCAGUAACGCAGGCAUGCCGCCACACUGGGGUAAGGCCGGACUUCGACCGGACACGAACGUCGACCUGGCCGGAGCCUUCGUCGACUGGGAGAGAGAGGCCUCGUCACGGAAAAACGUCUUCCAGAUCCGCACCGUGUCCGGCCUCAGGCUGCUGCUGCAGGACGAUGACGCCCUGACGGCCAACCACUGGUUCGACGCCAUCAAGCGCGCCAUCGCCGGCGUGCCGUGCUCGACCAACCAGCUGCCCGUGCCGCGUCAUGUGACGGCCGACGACCGGCUGACGCGCUCCCGCUCUGUGCGCUUCACAGCCGGACCCGAGAGCCAGGAGGACCUUUCCAGGGAUAAUAGCACGAUCAAAGAUAGGCUGAGGCGCUUUUUCCGCGCCCGCCCGCCGGCAGACUCGCUGGUCAGCCGAGGCAUUCUCAAAGAUGAGCCGGUGUUCGGGGGCCACCUGGCUGCCCUGUGUACCGUUGAAGACAGCACCGUACCUCGGUUCGUAACAGAGUGUAUCGCCGCCAUUGAGGCUAAACCGGAGCACCUGCGGAUGGACGGAGUUUACCGGGCCUCGGGCAAUCUGAGCCAGGUGCAGCGCAUACGCUGUGAGGUGGACCAGGACAACUACCAGGUGCUCUAUGAUGAGGAGGACGUUCACGUGCUCACCGGCGCACUCAAACUGUUCUUCCGCGAGCUGAAGGAGCCUCUGAUCCCGUUCGCUGUGCUGCCGGAGGCUCUGCGGGCCGCUGGACUGACGGCCAAGCCCGACCAGGUGGCUGCCUUUCGACGGAUGGUGGUCGCCCUGCCGCCGCCGAAUCGGGAUACGCUGGCGACGCUGCUGGCCCACCUGAAUAGGGUGACCGAACUCCAAGAGUUUAACCGGAUGCACGCGCACAAUCUGGCCAUCGUAUUCGGUCCUACGCUGAUGUGGGCCGAACAGGAGUCUCCUGACCUGGCGCUUGACCUGAUGCGUCAAAACCGCGUGGUCGAGGCGCUGCUCGAGCUGCGUACUGAAGUCUUCGACUCACCCUGAGCCGAGUCAGAGACGAAGGGUGACGUAUGAGGGCGGUAUGACAGGCCGUCAUACCUAAUGACGACCGGUAUGAUGGCAGAGGGUCUGGAGCGCCGCUGUGGGCCUCAGCUCCCGUGUCUGCGCCGCGCCGGAGCGGUGGUGAAAGGGACGGCAGUCGACAGGGUCUUUUGAUCUGAGCCGUCCCUAUUGGUGCUAGAGAGCAGACUGCUCUUGAGCUGUGGCUGUUGUAAGCCAUCCUGCCAGACGGAAUGUCAGGAUGGUGCGAGAGCGGCAAGAUGAGCUGCUCAUGACCUGUCUUCGGUGGUGUUUUACCACCACAGUCGCCACGGCUGGGGUCAAUCAAAGCGGCCCUUUCUAAGCAGUGAUCAAACGAGGUGUACUAGCCUCAGUGCCAGUGCCGGGACGUUAGCCCGGCCGAUUUUAUCGUAGGUUCGGCGGACGGGGGAAACUUAACUUGCCGGCGGUCUGUGGGCGUAUAUGUGGACGCCUGUGGAGAGUCUGUGGACGCCUGUGGACAUCCAUGGAUAUGUCUACGGAUGGUGCGAGAGCGGCAGGAUGAGAUGCUCAUGACCUGCUGCUCAUUGCCUGUAAGCGACGCACGCACUGCUGCACUGAUCACCGCGCUAGCGCCACUGUGUCAGUGAUGUGCGUGUGUGCGUGUUUGCGGUGCGUAUGUAUGAACGGAUGGUGGCUACUGACACCCUUCCGGCCGCCGUAUUUGUGGCGUUACGCGAUGUUGUUACGCUUUCUUCUGUGCCUAUCACAGUCCUGACGGCACGGGUGCGCCGUUUGCCGCCCGCGCCACGGAGUGUCUUUUUCUCGUCUUCCUCUGCGUUCCGCGUCCGUCUGACUCUGUGUUUUCGAGUCGGCGACAGUGAUACAGGAGAUUCCAACCAUGGCUGCAUUUGUUAACAAAUCUGUAUUAUUGCUAUUGUAAAUGAUGUAUAUUGAGACUAUAUGAUGGUAAUACAAACACGCUAUUGCA